AUGAGGAAGGUGCCCCGGGAUCCCUUUGAGCCUUGCUCCAAGAGUGCGCCCCGGGGCCGAGCAGCCCGAGCCGCGGCCGGCAGGAAGCGCCCUUUUCGGGCCGGACCCCAGGCCGAGCCCUUGGCGGCGGCCGACGGGCUGCUGCUGCCCCGGUUCAUCGUGGCUGCGGGCACCGAGGGCGAGGGCGAGGGCGAGGGCGGGCGGCGGGCUGGGGCCGGGCUGUCACUGCGGCCGCCCGCGCAGCUGAGGGGCCGGACCGUCCCCCAGCCGCCGGCCGCGCUUCAGCCUCAGCGUCCUCCGGGCGGGAUGUCGGGAUGGGAGGCGACGCCCCGAGAGCGAACGGCUGCCCGAAGCGACCACCGCGGCGGCUACCGAAGCGACGGCGGAGACGGUGGCGGCUGCUCCUCACCGGCCCGUUGUUCCACCCGCCCCCAUCCUCCAGACCCCCGCCCCCGCCAGGCUAGGACGAGCAGCCGCCACCGCCGCGCUGCUGCCGCCGCCGCCGCCGCCGCCGCCGCCGCCGCCGCCGCCGCCGCCGCCGCAGCGCCUCAGUGCGGCCCCGCCCCCGCCUCCCCACCACCUUCACCACCUCCACGCUCGGGCACCGCCCCCUCCCGCCAAUCGGACCGCUCCAGCCACGCCCCCCGGGCGCUAGCCCACAGCCAAUGAGCAACUAGAGCCCGGCUGGGAGCUGCACCGGCCAAUCAGAGAGGCCGAAGACGCCUUGAAUCUCUGGGCAAGUUAAGUUUGUCUCCGAGGCUCCGAACUGAAGGGAGAUGGCGGGUUAGUUAGGUAGUGGGGUGGGUGGGAAUACAGUGUGCUGCUCCACCAAUAGGAGGAAGGGGGUGUGUCAUAUGCAAAUAACCCCGUGAAGUCCAGCCCCUCCCCUAAGACAAGGCACAGCCCCUGCUCUAGGUCUCUGCAGAAAUGGUGAGGGAAUGAGAUAAAUAACUGGGAGCUAGAGCUCGCUAGUGGGUCUAAGACUGAGCUAAAUAUUUCCUGAUUUCUUGAGAAAGAGGAUGGGGGUGGGGGGAGCUAAAACGUCCUUACCGUCAGGGCAGUGGUUAGGCUUUCUCUUAACCAAAAUCUUAGCUGUAAAGAAGACUGCAAUCACAUAGCACUUUGCAUCCAAGGAUCUCAAAGAACUUUAUGCAUCAUUUAUCGUGAGCCCUGUUUUGCAAAAGACCAGUUACCUGAGGCUUCGGCAGCGGGUAGGGGAUAGAUGUUUAAGUAUAUUUGCACCAAUAAUCGAGUUAGAGGGAAGAAAAGACACAAAACCUGUGGGUGAGUGGUUUCCUCCUGCAUCUAAAGCCCCUUCUCGCAGUCUCUCAGCAACGAAAAUUCCUUUAUUUGUCCAACACGAAAAGGCCAAAGAGACAGGGUUGUCUUCCACCCAAAAGUCCUUCUGAGGUAGCUGGUUAGAUAAACGCAGAGCAUGGAGCUCUGCCUGGGAGCGAAGGUUCAGAGAACAAAUUGCCAUUUAAAACUGUUGGGCUGGACCUGCCUCUUCCGAAGCUAAGAAUGGAUUUAGGAUUUUGGCGUUCACGCUCUGGGGAGAGAAGGCAGAUGUAAUUGGGGAAAGCUCAGGCUGGCAGGGUGUGGGGGACAGGCGAGUGGGGGAGCGAGGUCUCCCGAGGAGCUAGCAGCGCGCAUGCUAGUCGAAUGCUGGUUACCGACGGCGCGAGACGCCCCGAAACCUGCUCCCCAGUGAGAACAAAGGCAGGCUCCGAGCGAGAACCUGAUUGGUGCCCGGUCCUCACCGGUGUCCUCCGGACCCCGGAGAUAACUUGCUCUGCCCACUGGCGCGGAGCUCCGUGCGCACUGGCGCCCCAGCUCCCCACCCGGCCUUGGCCGGGACCACAUAGGACUGUGCGUUAUGACAUCACCUGUUUUCGCUGUUGAGAACACGAUCGGUAUUCUCUGCUUCUCUUUUUUUUAAAGGUCUCUGGUGUACGAGGAUUUGUGAAGGCCUGCAGUUGGCAGAAUGAAUCUGUGGAGAUGGUUUAAAAGAACGGUUUCACUGAAGACAUGAACAUCUAGAGAGUCACAUGUCUAUGGGGAAUUGGAAUGCUGAGGAAUGGAAACAAAUGGAAAUAUAUUACACAAGUGGAACUUCAGCUGUGACCUGAAAUGUAUUACCUAAGAACUCUGUACAGAUGAAGAUGAAGAAGGACCAUCUUCUCUGGGACUUGGGCUCUCACGCGUAUUAGGUCUGGCCACGUGGCACUAAUGGACAACCCAUACAUUUGGAGAGACUCCAAGAAAUCCAUCCCAAGCACUGAAUGGUCCUGGCCCUGUUCCAGAAUUUCACUAACCUUCCACAAAUUGUGAUUCCAGACACGUUCUUACCUUGGCCCCCAGGAUAACGGGAGCCACAAAAGAGACAGAAAUUAAAAUGUCAGCCCAGCUGGGCCCACAGCAAUUACAAUGGAACCCAUUGCCUCUUCGAUCACCUGAGUGCACCACAUCUGUGCCUCCUGCAGAAGGGAUAGCAAAAGAAUCCAGAGCAGUUAUUUUAGAUGUCUCUUUAACUCAGUGUUAACACAGUUGCUACUUAACAACAGCAACUAAGAUUUUCAUAAGCGUCAGGAAAAUUUUUAAAAGCAAGACCCAGCCACUGAUAGGAGCUGCCGAUUUCAUGUGAAGUGAUCAGUUGCUUUUUGUGCUCUGAAGGUGCUGAUUUCCAACGACUGCAAUGUUACAUCCAUGAGUUCUUCCAGCUUUGAAACUGAGCGCUCCAAGCAAGAAGAUCCCUUUUCUUCUGCUGCUAUGCCGGGGAAACAUUGAGAUUACUUCAGCCAAAAUAACAUUUCUGCCAGCUGACAUCCUAACUCAGAGAGGCAGCUAGUCGUGCUAACAAAGAAAACGAUGUUUGGUCAUAAAGGAGUGUGAUGAAACUUUCGCUUUAUCUUUUUCUAUCUCAAUACCACAAUAUGGAGACGAGUUAUUUUCUUAAAGUACUUGUCACCUGCUUUGUGAUUGUCAUUUUACUUGGCUGCCUUCUCUGCGAGAUUACAGCCUUCAUGAGGACAGUUUUCCUACUCAUUGUAUCCUCAAUACAGUAACAACGUUUUUUUUGAAGAAAUGAAUAAAGAAAGUCAACUCAGAAAAAGUCUUCUAGUCUAUGUUAUAGAAUAGUGAAAUCUUUUUAGGUUAGUAAAAUGUGGGUUGAAUUGCUCAGGAAUUUUUAAUAACCAGUGUUUGUCAGCUGAAAGUAUAUUAUGGGAAAAUGUAAUACUGAAUGCAGUUAUAAGUUCUGGAAUAGGGACAAGUGUUCAGGCCUCGGUGGCUAAGUGCUGUUUUUGUCCUCCAGCUUUUAUUUUUACUUCGGGUAACUCUUAGCCAGUGUUAGUCUAGGAAAUUGCCCCCUCCUUCACCCUCAGUCCCAUCUUAUUCUCCUCCCCCAGGUACACUGGGUCCUACCCUGGUAGGUGAUCCUGUGUGUACCAGAGAACCGUCUUCCGGGGCCACUGGGCUUUGUCCAGCCACAGUUCCAGCUGGUCCUGUCAGAGGAGCGUGUCCUUUCUUUGCUUUGGGGAGAAGUGAGCUG